AUGGAUAAAAAGAUAGUGCGCAAAGGGCCGCUGCCUGGGGGUCGCCGGGGCGCGUCUGGAGCUGGCGCUGGACGCGGCAGCAUGCGGGCCGCCAGCCGAGCGCGAGGAGCUGCACGGUCAUCUACCAGCUCUCCGCAUCCAUCAUCCCCACCAGAAGGCUUGGUGUCGGCUGGGUCUUGUCGGACUCAGCAAGCGGCACCCGCCGCUGGUGGAGCACGUCGCAUGCGUUGGUCACAAGAAAUGAAUGCAAACGCACUGCGGGCGUACUUUAGGGCAAAAGGGGAAGAAACUGGAUGUUUGGCGUAUCGGGCUAGGAUGCAUCGUCUUUUUGCUGAGCUGGAGCCAUCUUUAAUCGUCACAGAGCAAAACCUGGCAGACCGAGUUCGGUAUAUCUUGCGCUCAAAUAUAUUUGAUGUCGCCGAACUCGAACGGCUACGACGUGAGGCUGUUCCCUCGUCGGAUGAGAAUGCUACGGCUGAGGAUGCGGCGCCACAAAUGGUAGAGCAACCCGCAAACGUGGAUGCCGCCGUGAAUACCCCAGUUGUGGUUGAUUCAAACGAUGAUGGAACAGUCGCCCAGGAACUGGAAUUAGAGCAUAUGAGGAGUAUAUUGGAAGAGGCGAUUGUGGAAACGCGCAGUACGCCUCUCGAAAAUCGACCGCGACUUUCCCGCAUAGCCCUAAGCAAGCGGAAUCGGGCUGUCGUGAGGGCUCUGAACCCAAUGCUGGUUACCUAUUUGGAAGCCAGCCGGGACCUUUGCGAGACGGACUCAAUUCUUUUUGGCGCCGCGCUGGCAGUCUGCCGUAUCAUAGGCGCCAAGGUUUCCACGGCUGGACGCGCUACUGGCCAUAGUAGCGCUAUCCCAGCAUGGAGAAGAAGAAUUGAGGAACGUAUCGCAAAGGCUAGAGCUCUCAUCGGCAGACUGAUAUGCUUCAGAUCAGGCAACAACAGGCCAAGAAUUGUGCGCACCGUCAGGAUGGCGUUUGCUGGGACAAAUGUCAGUUUGUCCCAGCCGGAUAUAACGCAAAAACUGACGGAGCGCAUAGAUGAUCUGAAGCAGAGAAUCGCUGCUUGGGGAAAGCGGAUUCGGCGAUAUACCGAGAGGUCGACACGGUUCAACCAGAAUCGUCUCUUCCAGAGUGAUCAGAAGAGGCUCUAUGAAUCAUUGGAGCGACCAAUGGUAAGUGGAACGGGUCCAGCACCGAAUCAGGCCGACACUGUAGCAUUCUGGCGCGGCCUGUGGUCAGAGCCCGUAAACCACAGCGAGGGCCCUUGGACGAAAGUUGUGGCGAGUCAGUGUGCGGGUAUUACGCCCAUGGACCCCGUCAUCAUAACGCCGGAUGACGUAGCUGAGGCGGUUCGUAGGGCCCCGAACUGGAAAAGUCCGGGGCUUGACGGGCUGCAUCACUACUGGCUGAAGGGGUUCAUGGUGUGUCACUCUGUGCUCGCCCGACAGUUUCAAGAGGCUCUCAACCAGAAGUCGCUCCCAAGCCUCUUCACUACUGGGAUCACUCAUUUAGUUCCUAAAGACCAGGGGCCGCUGCCUGGAGGUCGCCAGGGCGCGUCUGGAGCUGGCGCUGGACGCGGCAGCAUGCGAACCGCCAGCCGAGCGCGAGGUGCUGCACGACCACCCAGCAGCCCCUCGCAUCCAUCAUCCCCACCAGCUGGCUUGGUGUCGGCAGGGUCUUCGCGGGCCCAGCAAUCGGCACCCGCCUCUGGUGGAGUACGCCGCAUGCGUUGGACAACCCAGAUGAACAGCAACGCAUUGCGGGCGUAUUUUAGGGCGAAAGGGGGAGAAACUGGAUGUUUGGCGUAUCGGGCUAGGAUGCAUCGUCUUUUUGCUGAGCUGGAGCCAUCUUUAACCGUCACAGAGCAAAACCUGGCAGACCGAGUUCGGUAUAUCUUGCGCUCAAAUAUAUUUGAUGUCGCCGAACUCGAACGGCUACGACGUGAGGCUGUUCCCUCGUCGGAUGAGAAUGCUACGGCUGAGGAUGCGGCGCCACAAAUGGUAGAGCAACCCGCAAACGUGGAUGCCGCCGUGAAUACCCCAGUUGUGGUUGAUUCAAACGAUGAUGGAACAGUCGCCCAGGAACUGGAAUUAGAGUAUAUGAGGAGUACAUUGGAAGAGGCGAUUGUGGAAACGCGCAGCGCCAAGGUUUCUACGGCUGGACGCGCUACUGGCCAUAGUAGCGCUAUCCCAGCAUGGAGAAGAAGAAUUGAGGAACGUAUCGCAAGGGCUAGAGCUCUCAUCGGCAGACUGAUAUGCUUCAGAUCAGGCAACAACAGGCCAAGAAUUGUGCGCACCGUCAGGAUGGCGUUUGCUGGGACAAAUGUCAGUUUGUCCCAGCCGGAUAUAACGCAAAAACUGACGGAGCGCAUAGAUGAUCUGAAGCAGAGAAUCGCUGCUUGGGGAAAGCGGAUUCGGCGAUAUACCGAGAGGUCGACACGGUUCAACCAGAAUCGUCUCUUCCAGAGUGAUCGGAAGAGGCUCUAUGAAUCAUUGGAGCGACCAAUGGUAAGUGGAACGGGUCCAGCACCGAAUCAGGCCGACACUGUAGCAUUCUGGCGCGGCCUGUGGUCAGAGCCCGUAAACCACAGCGAGGGCCCUUGGACGGAAGUUGUGGCGAGUCAGUGUGCGGGUAUUACGCCCAUGGACCCCGUCAUCAUAACGCCGGAUGACGUAGCUGAGGCGGUCCGUAGGGCCCCGAACUGGAAAAGUCCGGGGCUUGACGGGCUGCAUCACUACUGGCUGAAGGGGUUCAUGGUGUGUCACUCUGUGCUUGCCCGACAGUUCCAAGAAGCUCUCAACCAGAAGUCGCUCCCAAGCCUCUUCACUACUGGGAUCACUCAUUUGGUUCCUAAAGACCAGGGGAUUUCGACUCAUAUUCAAAAAGUUUGUAGCCUUUAUAAAAGAACUUUACGUAAUUUAGAAUCAUAUUAUGAUAGACGUCAUGUGUAUCGCUACCAUGCGGUACUCCUCCGAGAAAAAUUCGAUAAGAUUGUUAAUGAGAAGGAUAUGCGAAAAGCUGCCGAGAUGCUGAAGCAGGGAGAAGAGGAACUGUUCUUACAACAGCAUCCCAUUCCAAAGAAGUUUGCCAAAAGUCCUGGGGGUGUGGCUUACGAGCGUGUCGUAACACCUCCCGACUGGGUGCUCGAUUAUUGGCAUCCCUUGGAGAAAGCUCAAUAUCCUGAGUACUUCAAGAAACGUGAACAAAGGAAGAAAGAAUUCAUUGCCAUGUGGGAGAAGGAGUUUGGAAAGCCAGAUCCCAAGGAUACACACCAUUAG